UAAACAUAUAGUAUAUUUAAGGCAAGUAAUGUAUUUGACAUCGAUUUAGUCGACAUUUGGAUAAGCAGUGGAUUAGGUGUUUGUUUUGUUAGUUUUAUUGACAAUGACUUUGGGUUAUGUCUUCAUAACAAAAUGCUUAUUCAUUUUAUGGCUCAGACUAAGUGUGGCCGAAGUACCACUUCCGCCAAUGAUAUCGCCAAACAAUGUAAUGAAAUUAAUAAUUAAGGCAUACCUGAACCAGAUAUUGGAGGCAAACCAGUUGAGUGAAACACAUUUGAGAAGCAAAUUAUCAACAAUGAGUGAUUAUAUAUCAGCACAUCCAGCAUUACACCAAAAAUACUUAUGGGUCGGACCAAUGCCGCCACACAAUUAUGAUCCCGACUAUGAAAAGACAUUACCGUCAAAUGCUGAUCAAUCAUCUUCUGAAAUCAGUGUCAGAAAACGUAAUUCCGGCGAAAAGGAUGGCAGCGGACAGUUUCCAUCGGAAGAGAUCUGUAAGACAACUCGACAAUGGGAACAGAUUAAUUCAACACAUGAUCUCUAUGAUAAUAAAGUAGAAGUGGUACAGGAGGACGAAUUGCAGCAGUUUGUAUUUUCCUACCGGUGCGCUAAUCUUAAGGGUCAAUGUUUGGGUAUAUCACCUCUUUAUCACAGCGAGUGUACUGAAAGAAACGGUUGGAUGUAUAUGUAUUAUAAACAGGCUAAUAACAAACCGCCCCAAUGGGGCUAUGUGUCGGCACCCCAUCAUUGCGCCUGUAAAUUGCAGCCCAAGUUUAUACCGACGGAGGCCACUGAAGAAACUUAA